GAGGGGGCAGUUGUAUAUUAUCCUCACCAAAUCUGUGAAAUGUGACUGAUGUUUCACUGUGUUUUUUUUUUGUGGGACAAACAUAGUUAACUCGACGUGCUUGGCGACUAACGUUAUUGCAGAUGGAGUAUGAUAAUUGUUGAUAGCAUUGGCAUUGUCCUGAAAUAGAUCGUGUAGGCAAAAAAUAGAGAGAUAACGAUGGUCUACUCGAGGAAUCUUAUUUUAUGUAAAAAUUAUUAAUCUAAGCCGCGUGGCACUACAUUAUCAAAAGCAAAAGGAUCGUUCCGUCAUUUAUAGUAUACAAGGGAUCAAGUCUUGCAAUCAAAAUAUAUAUAUUGAUCUUCAACAAGUCUGCUGCACCCAUAACUUGAGAACUUGAAAUUCUUUCACUGCCUCAUCAAACACUGAAAGUAUUUAUCGACGCGUUGAUUCCUUGCGGUGCUUCCGGCAGAAAGCAUCCAGACCCUUAAGAAAAUCAAAAAAGGAUCAGUGUGCAAUUGCGGUAGGAACUCAUUGUGUUUAGGAACGUCGGGUAGAGUUCACCCAAGGAUGCUUAGCAGCUGGGAUUUCGUAUCCAAUGGGAAUGUACCAGCCUGGGAAAAUCAUGUCUCUUUAAAUCGAGCCACUUCUCCCAGCACUGACGCAUCUUGCAAAUUAGGGGGAAAAUUGUGAUCGUUCAGUAACAGCAGGCUGCUUGGCAUGUGGGGGCCAAGAGCGGUGACUUGCCUAUUAGUGACAGAAUAGCCGGUAAAACGCAACUAGCCUUACUUUACUGGAGGGAAAAAAACAUCACGAUUUUCUUCUCACUGGCUGCAGUCACCCUUGACUGUUGAAGAAAUCAAAAAUUUGGAUAGGUUCGCGAAGGUAACCAGACAGAAGCAGUACUGUCACUGGGCUUCAAACAGAGGACCUGCUAUUUUAACUGUUUGGUGAACUCUGAUUCUAGGCACGGGACUUUUAAUACCCACUCAUCUGAAGUAUUUAAAACACACGCAGCAGUAUUUGCUCCCGCAAUUUUCUUCGAAAGUUUAUGAAGAUCACCAUGACACUUACACGUCUGAAAAGAUGCUAACUUGGAAACACUGCUUUUCCUCAAGCAUAGUAUAGAAAUUCCUGACUAAUCAACACUUAACAGCUUCUGCUAAUAACUACGAUUCUUACAGUUUCUCUGUGAUAACACCUUUCAGUUGCAUUAUGCUGCUUUUUCAACUCUGAAUACUUUUAAAAUGGUUCCUUUGCUACUCAUAGCAAUAUUGUUUUUUAUUGACGACCUAAAGCAAAACAACAGCUUUUUUGUGUCUGCCCAGUCUAAUGAGAGAAGAGUGGUUGCUCAUGUACCAGGUGAUAUAAUCAUUGGUGCAUUGUUCUCAGUCCAUCAUCAGCCUCGUGUUGACAAAGUACAUGAAAGAAAGUGUGGAGAGAUACGAGAACAAUAUGGAAUACAAAGAGUAGAGGCCAUGCUGCAUGCCCUUGAUAGAAUCAAUUCAGAUCCAGCACUGUUGCCAAACAUAAGCCUGGGUUGUGAAAUUAGGGAUUCAUGCUGGCAUUCAGCUGUAGCACUUGAACAAAGUAUUGAGUUCAUUAGGGAUUCACUCAUCUCUUCUGAAGAGGAAGAAGAAAUGGUGCGCUGUGGUGAUGCAGCUUCAAUAUCUCUCCGUGCAAAAAAGCCUAUAGUUGGAGUGAUUGGGCCAGGUUCAAGUUCAGUGGCAAUUCAAGUCCAAAAUUUAUUGCAGCUCUUUAAUAUACCUCAAAUUGCUUAUUCUGCCACAAGCAAGGACCUAAGCGACAAGACCUUAUAUAAGUACUUUAUGAGAGUUGUACCAUCUGAUGGUCUACAGGCCCGAGCUAUGGUGGACAUUGUGAAGCGAUAUAACUGGACAUAUGUUUCAGCUUUACAUAGUGAAGGUAACUAUGGAGAAAGUGGAAUGGAAGCAUUUAAAGAUAUGGCAGCUAAGGAAGGCAUAUGUAUUGCACAUUCCUACAAGAUUUAUAGCAAUGCUGGUGACCAGAAUUUUGACAAACUUCUGAAGAAUCUUAGAAGUCAUCUACCAAAGGCUAGAGUGGUGGUUUGCUUCUGUGAAGGAAUGACAGUAAGGGGGCUGUUGAUGGCAAUGAGACGUCAGAAAGCAGUAGGCGACUUUCUUCUACUUGGCAGUGAUGGCUGGGCAGACAGAUAUGAUGUCACAGAUGGAUAUCAAAAGGAAGCUGCCGGAGGAAUAACUAUUAAGCUGCAAUCUCCUGAUGUGAGUUGGUUUGAUGACUAUUACCUGCAACUACGACCUGAAAACAAUCAGAGGAACCCUUGGUUUAUUGAAUUCUGGCAACACAGAUUUCAGUGUCGGUUAAAAGGACAUCAGCAAGAAAAUCCUAAUUUCAAUAAGACGUGUCUCAGUAGACUAUCGCUGAGAGAACAAUAUACCCAGGACACCAAGAUGGGAUUUGUUAUUAAUGCAAUCUAUGCCAUGGCACAUGGUCUCCACACAAUGCAGCAGGCUUUAUGCCCAGGAUUCCGUGGGCUGUGUGAUGCUAUGAAACCAAUUGAUGGGCAAAUGCUUUUGGACUUUCUGAUGAAGGUUAACUUCACUGGAGUUACUGGCAACCACGUUUACUUUGAUGAGAAUGGAGACUCACCAGGAAGGUAUGAGAUCAUGAAUUUUAAGAAGAUGGGAAAAGAUUUCUUUGAUUACAUAAAUGCAGGAAGUUGGGAUAAUGGAGAAUUGAAAAUUGAUGAUGAUGAAAUCUGGCCAGGCAAAAAUUCUAUCAUCAAGUCUGUCUGUAGUGAUCCAUGCGAUAAAGGGCAGAUAAAAGUUAUUCGGAAGGGAGAAGUUAGCUGCUGCUGGACAUGUACUCCCUGUAAAGAGAAUGAGUUUGUAUUUGAUGAAUAUACAUGUCGGGCAUGUUCCCUAGGAUUUUGGCCAAAUGAUGAACUCACAGGUUGCAAUCCAAUUCCUGUUGAAUACCUUCGAUGGGGUGACCCUGAGCCGAUUGCUGCUGUUGUCUUUUCCUGCCUUGGUCUACUUUCUACCUUGUUUGUUACAGUUAUAUUCAUCAUAUACCGUGACACUCCAGUUGUCAAGUCAUCAAGUCGGGAACUCUGCUACAUUAUUUUGGCUGGCAUCUGUUUAGGAUACCUAUGUACCUUCUCCCUUAUUGCUAAGCCUCAAAUGAUUUACUGCUAUCUUCAAAGAAUUGGCAUAGGCCUUUCACCUGCAAUGAGUUACUCUGCAUUAGUGACAAAAACAAACAGAAUUGCAAGAAUUUUGGCUGGAAGCAAAAAGAAGAUCUGCACAAAGAAGCCCAGGUUUAUGAGUGCUUGUGCUCAGCUGGUUAUUGCUUCCAUACUGAUCUUCGUACAGCUGGGAAUAAUCAUUGCCCUUUUCAUAAUGGAACCGCCAGACAUCAUGCAUGACUAUCCAAGCAUCCGAGAAGUGCAGCUCAUUUGCAACACAACAAAUCUUGGUGUGGUUGCACCAAUUGGAUACAAUGGACUAUUAAUCCUAAGCUGUACCUUCUAUGCAUUCAAAACCAGAAAUGUUCCAGCAAAUUUCAAUGAAGCCAAGUAUAUUGCAUUUACAAUGUACACAACUUGCAUAAUCUGGCUUGCUUUUGUGCCAAUUUAUUUUGGAAGUAACUACAAAAUUAUUACAAUGUGCUUUUCAGUAAGUCUAAGUGCCACAGUUGCACUAGGAUGCAUGUUUGUGCCAAAAGUUUACAUCAUUCUAGCUAAACCAGAACGGAAUGUGCGAAGUGCAUUCACCACUUCCACAGUGGUCCGCAUGCAUGUUGGUGAUGGAAAAUCGUCUUCAGCAGCAAGCCGUUCCAGCAGCUUAGUCAACCUCUGGAAAAGGAGGGGAUCAUCAGGUGAAACUUUGAGUUCAAAUGGAAAAUCAGUCACUUGGGCCCAGAAUGAAAGGAGUAAUAAAGGACAUCAUCUCUGGCAAAGGCUCUCUGUACACAUCAAAAAGAAAGACAGCACAAACCAGAUGGCAGUUAUUAAACCCUUUUCCAAGUCUGCAGAGGCUCGCUAUUGCAGCACUGGGUUCCCUGAUACUACUACAACUAAGAUGCUUUAUGAUGUCUCAGAAGCAGAGGAACAUUAUCCAAUCCAGUACCGUGGAGUACACCCUCAGACACCUUCACCGAUUAGCACUGUGAGUCACAGAGCUUCUUCUAUUACCAAGCCUGAAGAUGACAUUCCAACAUUUCAUCCAGAACAGGUAAAGAGAAGAAAUUCAUCGCAGGGAUCCCUGAUGGAUCAGAUCAGCAAUGUUGUUAAUCGGUUCACUGCCAAUAUCAGUGAACUAAAUUCAAUGAUGCUUACAACUCCCUCUACAGGACCUAUAGCAGCAACUCCACUCUGUUCUUCAUACUUAAUUCCAAGAGAGAUUCAACUUCCAACAACCAUGACAACAUUUGCAGAGGUUCAGCCCCUCCCUACCAUUGAGGUGAAUAACAGUUCACAAGCAGCAAAUAAAACCUCCAGUGAAAGUGUCAAAGAUGGAGCUGCUGAAGCAUCCGCUGUUAAAGGGGACUUAGAAGAACUUGUGGCGUUGACCCCACCUUCCCCUUUCAGAGAUUCUGUUGAUUCAGGGAGUGGUUCUCCUAGUUCCCCUGUUUCAGAGUCCGCACUUUGUAUGCCACCCUCUCCAAAGUAUGACAAUCUCGUUUUAAGGGAUUAUAGUCACAGCUCCUCUUCUUUGUGAAUGUAAAACAGACAAAAAAAAAAUCCAUGGAAUUUCUGUAACUGUGAGAAUUAAGUGGAAACAACACUGAGUCUGGAAGAUCCUCAGUGUCUGUAGAAACAAGUUUGCUUUGGAAAGUAUGAUUUCCUGAACAUCAUACUGAACAACGAAAAUGAGCAACAGGACAGUAGGGAACUGAAUGGGGAAAAUAAUGGAUUUUAUAUCAUUAUUUUGCAGAUACAUUGAUGGAUCUGUUAAUGCUAGUGGCCUUAGACAACAGGGGCUAUUAAUAAAUGGUGUGUACUGUUUCAGAGGGCUGGACAAGCACUUAAUGAAACCAGAUACAUACCACGUGCUUUGCUUCCAUAAAACACUGAACUGUUAAUAUAUGGAAACUAGUUUGUAAGCAAUUAUGUUGAUUUAUUUAUUUACUUACUUAUAUUUCUACCCUGAAAGUAUUAUACUUGCUGAAACUGAGAAAGAGCAAAUCAGAGCAUAACUUCUAUCACCAGCUGAAACAAUUAAGGACCAAAAUGCCUUAGAGUUUAUUCUGAAGGCACUCCAAUAGCUCAUCAAUUAACAGUGAGAAAUGGUCACAAUACAGGUAUUAGAUACGCAUUACUGAAUCUUUAAAUGUAAUAUUACAUGCUCUGUCAUGAAUAUAUUGAUUAAAAUGUGAUCAUAUAAAUCACAUUAAUUUAGCACAAAAGUACAGCCAUAUGCUGUUCUACUGACCCAUACUAAUCAGUUUUAAAAUUAAACAUCAAAGGAACCAUUUUGGAAGUACAGUGCACAAAAACUGUAAAUUAAUGCCUCAUUUUAGCUUUGUACAAUACUCAGAGCUAGACAUGUUGCCUCUCUCUCUCUCUCUGUGUAACUUGUCAUACCCUUUUGCUUAGUUCUGAUUAACUUCUUUUAGCUUUCUAUGUGUGUGCUUAGGACGUGUUCAGUGCACUGCACAUGUUUUUUUCCUUCUUGGCUGCCACUUUUAACUUAUUUUUAAUAAUAUGGAAUGUUUUAUAAAUGUGCAUUCAUUUUUAUACUGUUGAUUAAUUCUGGAUAAUUGUGUUGGCAUGCUCUGAUUUUGUGGUUAGUCAUAGAGUACUGUACAAAUAAUAGUAAGAAUUAUGCCAAGAUAUUAAAUGUCUUGUGCAUAAAGCAGUUCUGCAUAGCCUGUCAAUGUUUUUGAGGAUAACAAUUUAUUUUACCUGAUAUAAAGAAAGCAUAGUUUUUUAAGAUAUUGUAUUGACUGAUGUAAGGCUGUAAUAUUCCUCUGAAACAGAAAUGUGAUAUUUAAGAAUGAGAGUUUGACUAUGACUAUGAUUGCAGUCAAAACACCUGGUUCAGGAACAGUCAUGACAAUAUUCUAAGCUGCACUGAACGUAGCAGGAGACAUCAAAGAUUCAUUUUUUAAGCUAAAAUGGACAUAAUUUGCUGCAGUACUGAAGCAGAACUAACUCAACUUCUAUUACCCCGGGCCCAACUUGAAGUUAGGGUCAUUUUAAAAGGCAGGUUGAAAUAUUGGAAAUUGCUAUAAUAUUUAAUACAAAAAAUUACUAUAAUACAUUGAGUGACAUUGUAAGAAUUUCUAUAGUCACACAUAACACAAAAAUAAUUAAAAAAAUAAGCAUUUUCAAACAUAAAUGCAGAAACAUCAAAGAAUUUUUUUUCUGCAUGAUUGGCAAAACGAGCAGAACCAGUAAGUGCUGCACUACAACAUUGCAGUAUUGAUUUGCAGUACUAAAAACUACACUUACUUUUUGAAACUCACUAAACACAGUUGCAGUUAUUUCAGUCAAUAUGGCACUUAGCCAGCUUAUCACACAACUCCUUGUUAAAGUGAAAGGAAAAUGCAGCUUGUGAUGUUUACAGCUUGGAUUACUUGACUUUGAUGUUUUUAAAGUACAGUAAUGAAGAAUCUUAUCCAAAAAGUUGACAGUACAGCAAUGAGAUGGACUACAAACAAACACACACACAAACACACACACACACACACACACAUACAUACACACACACACACACACACACACACACACACACACACACACACACACACACACUCACUGUCGUAUAUUACAUGUCUGAUACACUUUUUCACAGGGCUCCCCUACAGUUGUUCAACGUGAAAUUGUUUGAGAUUCAGAACGCAUUAAUAAAAAAGACAAUAGGUACAACACAGAACACUAUUUUUCAUAAGGAAUCAUAGCAGGUGCAGUUUGUAAGUGUGACCCAGCAACGAUUCAUCUGUUUUGUAUGAGUUCUCCCUUAUUCAAGUUGGUGCAGCUGUGAAGUACGGGGGCUCCCCCCCUGCAAAAAACUAUUAAAAUAGAUUUUUUGCUGUUCUGUGUUUAUGGCAUUUUGUCAUCCUUACCGUUUGUUGACUUUCAGGAAGUUGUUUCAUAGCAGAACCUGUUAACACAGAAGGCAUUGCAGCAGGUACAAGCUCAGUGUGUACUGCAGUAUAGACUACAGCAGACUUUAUAUUCCUGCUACCUGAUUACUGAAGUUGGACAAUAAAGUCAUUCUGCAGCAGUAAAACAAGAGCUAAAGAAUCUCUUAACUUCCUGUGGAGAAAUAUCUGAAUUUCUCCCAGCAGAGAUCAUUUCAUUCUACCAUCAUAAAGACAGCAUGCAAACAGUUUGACACUGCUUUGAGUUGUGAACAGAUGCCAGGACUUCACGUACGUCCAUUUUUCUGCUAUGAAGCUUGCACAAAUGACAUUCUGGUCUUCCAGAUGCAGAAGCAGCUGUGCAGUCAAUGCAACACUUUAGGUAUGUAGAUUUUUACAGUAAAAGCGGAGAGCAAAUUUAAGAAGCAACAGCAGGACAAAUUCAGUAGCAUCAUAUUAUUGACCGGCAAUUGUUUUCUACCUUCACUACAGUCAUUAUUUGAGAGGUGCAUAUACCUACUUAAUUUGGAUGCUAGCCUCUUACCUUGAUAUACACACAGCAGCCAUGAGAUUAUCACUGGCACACCUGCCAUACACUUCCAUGCCACUCAUCUAAAAGCAAGCCUUCUUAUACUGCAGUAGUUAAAAAGUUUCUCCUCAUGACUCAAAGGCAUCACAAGUGAAGUCAGACUCCCAAACUGCUAAGUAGCACAAAAUAGCCUUAAUUAUUAAAUUGCAUUAGUGUUGCCAACAGGUCAUAUACUUGGCUUUGCUAUAGAAGGCUGUGGGUUCUAUUCCCAUACUAGGUAAAUGAAGUUUUAAGACUGCUAUGCAGUGUAAAGAGGUUGAUGCAUUUCUGAGUGUUGUUAUCCUUGAAUUAUUUAUUUACUACAAAAGUUCAACUGGGUAAAAAAUAUCUAUUUUAAGUGGAGGCCCAGGAAGAAAAUCUUCAGAGAAUUAAAUCACAUCAAAUAAAACACUAGUAGAAAUGUAAUUAAAAAAUGCAUAUUUGCAUACAGUUUAAUAGUGGAAUAUAUAUGAUAUAAUAAAUCAUGGGGAGACAUAAGUGAUAUAAAAAUAAAAAUAAAUAAAAAAAUGAUUAAAUAUGAUAAUCGAUAUAUACAAAAGUAUUAGAAGUACAGU